AUGAAACGUCGUCCGCAAAGUGCAAUCAUAACUAAACUGAUAAGAGAGAGAUAAGAAUCAGCCAUAAAUACGUAAGAUUACAAUUCUAAAAGAGUUCAUAAAUGAUCUACUCUAAAAAGCAAACUCCAUAACAAGUAGCCCCAAAAGAGUAUUUUGAAGAUUAAGAACAAUUGUAUUUUGUAAAUUUGUAAUUGAAAUAAUAAUGCAAUGAGGUUAAAUAAGAAAAUUAAAAACUCAAAGCCUACAUAGCUCAAUUAAAAGUAUCGAAAUAUUUUAGCAUAGAAAUAAAUUGUGAAGAUUGAGAAGGUAGAUAAGUAUUAGGUAAACUGUGAUCCUCUUGGAGUAAUAUAGAGUGGAGAGGGUAGCAUAGUACCCAUUUUGAAAGCUAAAGUAAAGGAAUAGCGUAAUUAAAUUGAAGAACUAUAAACAGAUCUGCAUCAAUAGUAUAAGUCUGUUAAAUUGACAAAAUUAUCGGAGUUGUAAAGAGAAAUUUAGAAUUAGUAGAAUGAAAUUAUGAAACUCAGACAAGUGAUUUAAUCUGCCCUCAAUAUUACUGAUUAAGAGUAAAAAUAUUAUAUAAAAUAACAAGUUUGGUUAAUGAUCCAAAUGUGAUUGAAAAGUUAUCAAAAUUUACAAUAACUGUACACUAACAAGAGAACUCAAUUUAGUAAUUGAUUAAACAAAAUGAUAAAUUAAAAAUCGAAUAUUAGGAAAUGUCUAAUGAUAAUGCUAAAUUACUUGAGGAAAUGAAGUAAUUGAAUUUUGAGAAGAUUAAUUACAAAAAACAAUUGGAAGAAUAAACAAUCACUGAAAAUGAGAUUUAUCAAUAAAAGAAAAGAGAGUUCUUGGAGAUGAAAUUAGCGUAUAAAUCCUAAUAUAUUUAUAGUGCAACAUUGAAGUAAUUGGAUACCUUAAAGGGUGAGUUGUCCUUGUAUGAGAAUAAGUCCAAAUCGCUAUAGAAGUAAAUCAAAGAUUAAGAAAAAGAGUUUAAAUAGACUACGAUGGAAUUACAGAAGUAAAAAUAAAAUUUAGAAGAUUAAUGCAAUAAAAAGGACAUAAUGAUGUAAUUUAGCUUAUUAUUAUAGAUAAGACUUAAAUGAUAGAAUCAAUAUUUUGGAUUUAUUAAAACAAAAAAACUCUCCUAAACCCUCUGAGUCUCCCCUUACUCUGUAACACAAAAAGUCUUUCCUUCCUCCCUCAACAUAUAGAGAUGCAAUGACCUAAUUCCCAGAAAAUCGAUCAUAAGAUAUUAAUUAGAAUGUUAAUUGUCGACCUAUAAAUAACAACCAAUUAGAAAUCUUAUUUUAACAAUUAAAAUUCAAGAUCGUCUCUUAAAAGUUAACAAAGGAAAGGAUACAUUUUACAUUUCAUUAUAAAGAAUUCAUAUAAUUAGGAGAGGCAAUCUAAGUUUUUAUGAAUGCACCCUAUAACUUUUAGAAGUCUGAUUCAAUAAUACUUUGUAGAUAUCUCAUUGGAGAGGAUCAAGGAUUCUCUAAUUCAAUAUAAUUUUAGGAUACAUAGGAAGUAAGGGAAAUUAUUGAUUAACUUUAUAAUCAUCCUAAAAUAAAAUCUGAAUAUGUAUGUCUAUAUAAAAAUAUCAUAGUUGACAUUUCAGACAAUUUUGAAAUAGAACUACUAUUCAAAAGUAAUUAAUCAAAAAUUGAUUCAAUGCAACAUCCCAAGUAAAAUAUACAACCGAGAUGAUUUUAUAUUGUUAUUGAGAAAUAACUAUAAUUUCACUUAUGAGCAAAUAGACUUUAUGUUGAUGAUGAAUUAUUUGUAUUCGAAUGAAAUCGAAAACAUCGAUAUAAAUGUUCUAAGAAAGUUUAUAUAGCAGGAGUGUGAUCUCUAAGCCACACUUCAUAAUUUAGCAUAUGUUUGCCAGGAGUCUAUUAGAUAUAUUCCAAAGAAGAUUAAUAAAAUCUCUUAUUCAGAUGAUGAUGAAUCUAAUUGUCCAAAGGAUUUGAAAUCUGUCUAAAAACAAAGAGAUGAUUCAAAAAUUGAAAUGAAGCCACCUGAAUUAUCAAAUCAAGUAUAAAAUAUCAUUACUAGUGAACAAUACUUAACAUUCUCAUGUAUAAUUUUAUAUAUAUCAACUUUAGAAUUUAAAAACUCUGAUCAAUAACUUAAAAGUUCAGAAUCUAGAAAACCAAGCAAUCAUAAUAACAAUAGUGAUAUCUUCCAAUAUAGUCAAUCAUUACUACCUCAGGCUACUUUAAAAAGACCUUCAGAAAAUUAAUAGUUCACAUCAGAUAACUCGAUUCAUUUUAAUAUAACAAAUUAAUUCUAGUCUCCUUAAGAAAAUAAGAAAAGAAUAAACUAAAUAAAAGAAUUUUAAACAGGAAAAGAGAUUUUUGAUUAAAGAAAUAUCUAAUUCAAUGUUGAUAAUGAUACCUAAAUUACUGAUGGCAACAAAAAAGAGGAUGAGUAUUAUGAGGAAAUCUAGGAGGAAUACAUAGAAGAAUUGUGA